CGAGCGGCUGCGAGCCAAUACAAGACACGCUGGUUCACGCACCGGACCAGAGCAGGGAACGUAAAAUUUGAUGUUUGCAGCAGCACAAUGGCACGAACUGUUUUAACUUUGUGUGUACUGAUCCUUGGAAAUUGCUACUUCGUAAUAUGCACUGACUUAUAUAAGGACAAUGCUGUUAAGUACGACGAAACCGCUUUUAAGAAGGCCAUAGGCAAAGUUCCACACUUUGUGAAGUUUUUCGCCCCUUGGUGUGGCCAUUGCAAAAGGCUUGCACCCACAUGGGACGAACUUGCAGAGAAAUACAAUGAGAUCGACGAUGGGACCAAAGUAAUCAUUUCCAAGGUCGACUGCACUACAGAGUCACAACUGUGUGCAGAGCAAGACAUUACAGGAUAUCCAACAUUGAAAUUCUUCAAGGCGAGUGCAGAUGAAGGAAUAAAAUAUCGUGGCCCUAGAGACCUGGCUUCGUUGGAGGCAUUUAUCUCUGAAAACCUAGGGGAAGCCAAACCGGAUGUUGUCAAAGAAGACCAGGCACCAGCUCCGUCUGUUGAAAGCUUGGCAGAGCUUACAGAUGCCACAUUCCACAAGGCUGUAGAGACUGGACAACACUUCGUAAAGUUUUAUGCACCGUGGUGUGGCCAUUGCCAGAAGCUUGCUCCAGUCUGGGAAGCUCUCGCAGCGACAUUUGAGCAUGAUCCCUCGCUCACGGUGGCCAAGGUCGACUGCACAGCAAACCGACAAGUCUGCAAUGACUUUGAAGUGAAGGCAUAUCCUACUUUACUCUGGAUCGAAGAUGGAAAGAUGGUGGAAAGGUACCAGGGAGGGCGUUCACACGAGGAACUUAAAGAGUAUUGUGACCGUAUGCGAAAGCAAGCGGAAGAGGCCCACUCGUCACAAGGGGACGGCUCCUCCGAAGAUGUUAAAGAUCACCCACAAUCUCUCGCUGUUGAACUCUCAGACAAGAACUUUGACAAUGCCAUCAGUCAGGGGGUGACAUUUGUGAAGUUCUUCGCGCCCUGGUGCGGCCACUGCAAGAGGCUUGCUCCAACUUGGGAAGAGCUCAGCAGAAAGUUUGCCACCACACCCGGGGUCAAGGUUGCAAAGGUGGACUGCACAGCAUAUGAGGAGCUAUGCAAUGCAAAAGAUGUACAAGGUUACCCUACUCUAAUACUCUACAAAAGUGGACGAAGAGUGGCAGAGUUCAAUGGUGCGAGGGAACUGGAUGUUUUAUACGAAUUUGUUGAACAACACAUGGCUCACGACGAGCUAUAGAACACUGAAUCAUCUAUUCGCAAGCACCCUCAGUGUCCUUACAGACCAUCUUGUGUUACUUGUGUGCACGCCACAUUUCUUGGAAAAGCUCAUGGAAGAUCUGCAUGUUUUGUGCCGUCGUUCCGAUGCAGACAGAUUUGAUGCCCGUUCAACAAUGUUCAAGUGCGCAACUCCUUAUAUGUACGAAGCGUGAAGGUCACAUAUUGGACUACGGUUGUCACUAAAGUGUCUGAAAGCUGUCACUUUUAGUAUACGUGCCAUUUCCUGAACAGAAGCAGCGAAGCCUGCUCCAUGCAUGUGUUCUGACCCAUUUGCACCUGAAGGAGUGGAGAGUAAAAAUAUGUGUACCUCUGGGAAAACAAACUGGAGUCAAAUGGUUUCAUUCCUGGAAGUGGCUAGACAACGCUUGGGAGACUUUCCCAUGUGUGCGGUGCACUUUUUUUUUUCCUGUUAACUCUCAGAUGUGAUUUUUGUUUUGUGUUCUAUACACGCACGGGCUGAGCUCGUCAAGACAAAUAGUUUGAUGCCGCACUUGUUGUGUUGCGACACGUGGUAUGUGCGGUACGUGUGGUGGUGGUUGGCCGACCGACGACAUUCGUGCCCUCAAUUAUACGCAGGACCCGACUAUAUCCAAUUACAUCUUAUAUUGGAAUCAAAUUGGCAAAAGCAGGAUUUAACCUGAUAUUUCCCCCAAAACCGCUGAACCAUGGGGAUCUGAAGACUCCACAACCAACACAGAACUUUGGAAAGCGUGUUGUAAAUGCACAAAUAUAUAUGCUCAUACAAACUAUCAAAAUCGAGACCCUGCUGCCUCUUCGAUGCAUUGACUUAUUGCUACUCUGUCUGCUAGUGUGCCAUAUGUAUUAUGCAGAGUAAACUGAAGAUUUACACCCUAUUCAACCUGAAUCUGGUUCAGUUCAACCCUUUUACAUCUAAAUUAUUGAAGCAAAAUACGUGUAUAACCUGAAAAAGUCAGUCCCUAAUUAUACACCACUUCACUCACUGCAAUAUCUAACAUAUUUUUAGUUGUAGGCAUUUGAAAAUUCCAAUUUUUUUUUUACAUGGCCUGGCCUCACCUGUCACAACAGGCCAUAGGGAUUACCAUUUUUAUGGUUACGUAUAUGAUGACAUUCACGAUGUGUGACAAGGAGCUGCUGAGAAUGCUUUGUGAAAUUCCAGCACAAACGCUUGCAUGGACUCAUGUUGGAACGGCUACCCUAUGGGUUGGAAAAGAACUGUUGCUAUUUGAUAGUGAAGGUGCAGCUCUUAUCGAUAGACUGUAAUUCAGGGUCCCUUAAUCGUUGGGAAAGUGACAAAUUCAACAUUUGUCUCAACUUCCACGAGCUUAUCGCUUUGCUCGCAAUAAAGGCCUGUUCAGACAUA